AUGACCGAAAUAUGGAAUUUAAGUACACUGUGUCGUUGUUGUCAUUCCGAUGGGUGUUUCAAGAAACUUAACCUGCCAUAUCAAAGUGAAAAUAAUGUCGAAAUCUAUGAAUCGAUGUUGCAGGAGGCAUUAGGAAUUAAAGUGUUUCAAACAACUAUAGAACAAGCCUCCUACAUGAUAUGUGAUGAUUGUAUAAAGCGGCUCCGAGAUGCCGUUCAAUUUAGACUGCAAGUUUUAGCUUGUGAGCAGAAGUUCAAAGAGUAUUGUACCAAUGAACAAUUUCAAGUUAAAACUGAAGUUGAAUCAAAUGGCGCUGACAUUUGUGACAUCGAUGGGGAUGAAGAUAUGCAGAGAGGUGAUGAUGAUUCACAAAAAGAUGAUGAGCAGAUGCACUCAGUUCCAGUAAAAGAAGAAAAAAGAAUAAACGAAACAGCAUAUGAGGACGACAGUUCAUUUGACGAAGCUUUACCGAGCACAUCGAGUUCAAGCAACGAUAUACACCCAACCAUACUUGACGGCAGUUUCUUUGAAAUAAUUCCCAAUCAGUCCCAGACUAGUAGCGUUGUGGCUUUGUGCAAAAAAUGUUCACCCAAUCGAGUGGAAAUUAAAGGUAAUAGAAAGUGUACAUCGAAUUUCAAGACUCAUUUGAAAAGAAAACAUGGCAGCGAUACUGUACUCGAAUAUGAAGCUUAUGUGAAAAGCAAAAGAUGUAAAAUUAUUGGUUCUUUUGUACCUGAGUGUGAAGAGUCUGUGAGUAAUAAAAGGCCUGGAAUGAGGGAUGAGUCAGUUGAACUAUCACCGCAAAGCCAAACCUCGAACUUGGCUUUAUAUACGCAAAGUGAUUUCGAUCGGGAUUUUGUGAAGUAUUUUAUAAGUUCAAUGGUAUCUUUAUCGUCGGUCGACGACCCGUAUUUCCGACAGCUUUUGCAACGUUCAAACCCUACUCUACAAAUUAUGAGCAGGCGUUUUCUUGGGAUGAACAUAACCCGGUCUUUCAUUCAAGGACAAAAUUGGAUAAAGCAAGAAUUAGCUGAAACUACGCACGUUUUUAUGACAGUUGAUGUUUGGUCUGGAUCCCAAAUGAGCUUUAUCGGUGUAAUAGCUCAUUGGCUGGAUAGACACACGUUAAAACGUACAUCCAGAGCUUUGGCUUGUGAAUCAUUCAAAAGGACUGAAAGUCAUAACACAGUAUAUAAAAUGUUAUGUGAAAUAACGGAAGCAUUUCGUUUGCGUCACAGUAAACAAGUUCACACUUAUGUGCUACGUAACGAAAGUAACCUUGUUAAAGCUUUUAAGAGUUUCGGUAUAUAUCCUAGUAAUAUUUCAAGAGAAUUAACUUGGCUGUCUUGUGCUGAAUCUUCAUCACAUACUGAAGAGUUAGAUAGCGACACUACAGAGAUUAAUAAAACUUCAAUAGUAGACUACUUAGAACAACAUUUGACACACAAGUUAAAAUGUGCCACUCAUAUUUUGAACGAAUGUGCUAUCGAUGCUAGUGAGGUACUUGAGGAUCAAGAUACAGAAUUAUCGAAAAUUCACUAUCAAACUUUAGAGAAAUGUAAUAUAUUAUGGAAGGCCUCAAGUAGACUCCCAUCCGGUCAAACUAUUCGUUAUAUCUUGGGUCACGUACUACCAAGACCAAAUAGCAUAAAAUGGAAUAGUAUAUAUGAAGCUUUAAAAGAAAUAUACAACAUGAAAGACAAGUAUACAUUAAUCAAUAAAGCUUUAAAUUUAAAAAAUGAUAUUUCUGAAACAGAAUUUCUGUAUAUAAACGAAUAUUUGACGUGCACUCAACCCAUUGCAGAUGCUCUGGAUAUUCUCCAAGGCGAAAACGCUACUUAUUACGGUAUUUUGUUCCCAACUAUAUUAUCGUUGAAAAAGAAAUUGGUUCGACUACUUGGACAAGGAGAUACCUUUAUGUACUGUAAGGAAUUGGUUAAGGCUUAUCUCGUCUCUGUUGAGUCGAAGUUCAAAGACUAUCUAACCAUUUCUAGCGAACGGGCGGAAAAUGCAGCAUUAGCUGCAAUAACACACCCGAAAUACAAAAAAUUAAAAUGGACAUCUCUAGUUGAACAGUCGCAAUUUUUAAGAAUUAAAAACUUACUUAUUAAAGAGAUAUCAAGAAAUAUACCAACAGAAAACUCAAAAGAGAUACCAUUGUCUAGAUCAAAAGAAGAUGAAUACUUUGAAUCUGAUUCUAGCUCUGAUUCUGAGCGAAUUACUAAUGAACCGAUAUCCAAAGCUGAACUAAUUGUGUCUCACUAUUUUGCUGAAGAAAGUAAAGAUCUGAGUUUGCUGGAUAAUCAUGUUAUGAUAAAAAAAAUGUUUCUAAAAUAUAACUCUCCGUUACCGUCGUCGGCGUCUGUACAACAGAUGUUCUCCAACAAAACGAUCAACUGCAUUAAUAUAAACGACCACUCUGAAAUGUUCCAGAGAAGGCUUGUUCUCAAGAUGAAUUUAAUUGACUAA